UCGCAUGCUCGCGUCGCCGACGGUCGCUUUUGCUUUUGUUUGUUUAUAUUCCGGUUGUGCGGAUCAGGACCACAUCACUCCGACUUCCGAUGCGGGAGGUACUACAAGGCGCGCGAAUCCUACGCAUCAUCACAUUGUUUACUGACAAUCGAAAGGAUACCCCAACAAUCAAUCGGCGGUACGCAUAGAAGAAAUAUGUUCUACUCUGCUUCUCAGGGCGAAAACCAAACGUUAGCCGAGUUCUUCAUCUUCACACACGCUAAUCAGCAGAGAAAACACUUAAGUGACUAUUGCUAUUGUUCGGUAAUUAGACUUAAACUCGUCAGGUAAAGGCUCCGCCCUUCUACACGCGCGUACUCGGCGUACUCCGAGCGUCACACCCAAGUGGAUAACACAAAAACAAAAAACAAAAUUAAACAACCGGCAAGGAAUGGAAUAGAAAAAAAGCCGGUCAUAUAGUGGCGAAAACGAAUAAACAAAAGAAUACUGUGUGUGCAUGCGGUGGCAAAGACCAGUGUGCUAUUUAUUGUCAAACCUAACGAAGCAAUCUGUCAGAAUUAAUUUGCGACAGUCAACGACAAGAGUUAGUGAAAACAUUUUCCGUUCUGCAUUUUUAUUGUUUUUGUCCUUGGUUCUGUUGUGUUUGUGUUACGAGAAAUAAAACAAUACAAGUAUUUAUAGUAGAUAGUUAUUUUUAUUCGUUCGAUGGUUGAAAAAGUGUACGGGCAAACGAUCCGGCGCCGGCGGGAUUGAUUUUAUCCAAAACAAAAGCACGAAGGCGUUCAUAAUUCGCUGAAAUUGAAUUUAUUCGCGAGUGGUUGUAUUGUGCCUAAACGCCGUGCCUUGGCUGGCAGUAGUUAGAAUCGUUUGUGAUCUCUGGAGGAGUAUCAUCACACACGGCCGCCGACGAGACACGCACACGCGUGCAGUGCGCCGUUGACGAACCGAAAACCCGGAGCAGGCGCAGACGCAGCCCCCAGGCUGCUGAGUUGAAACAAUCAGCUGGAAAGUGGUCAGCAUUCGGUACCGUCAUUCAUACCGACCAACCGACUGUCAUUGCGUACGGCAAGGCAAGCACAGCAACGGAUUAGUGGCGAAGAAAACCCGACGGUAGUCUAGUGACGGAAUCUUUGCAGCUUGCAGAAGUUACACGGCUGUCGGCAGCGGUCGGUGCACUAACAGACCAGACCGAGAUCUCCGUGGAUCCGUCCAGAGCCGAACCAACCAAACAGCUGAUUUACAAUUCGUCUUUUAAUCUACUCCGCCCGACCAGGCAACCAGUGGAGUCAGUGUAUAGUUCGCGUCUAGAAGCAAACAAAAAGAAAAACACAACAACAAACGCAUAAAUUAUUCCCCAAUCAACGGAGAAGACGGCCGGUGCGGGAACACACUGUGCAGGAAAGAAUCAAGGCCAUAGAUUGCGAUCCGAGCGUCGGGGACCGAGGGGUCCAACCGAAUCAGCGCAGCUGUCAACGGCUUCGCACCUCGGCGGCAGCAGCAGUGCACACGCCUAUUGAACUUUGCCCUUGUGCGCGGCAAAAGCCCGGGCUAAAGAACUUCAACCAUAUUGUGAUUUUUACUACAAGAGUAUAAUAAGAAGUAAUUUUUAAUUUUUCGUGUUUGAGAGCUGAUUUUUUAUUAUUGUAUGCUAUCAAAACGACUCGUGUUCCUGCGAAAAGGAAAAAAAUUUACAAGACGUGCUCUUCGACAGUUCAGAAAGCGCAAAGGUCACGAAAGUGAAUAAUAAGUGCAAAGAAAAAAUCGAAGAAAAAGAAUCCGAUCUGUGAUUAUAUUUUGUUAAUUUGUAAAUAACGCUUUUAAUCAACGUGAAAGUUGCCGUGUCGCAUACCGCCUUUCUGCCUUUCCUUUCCUUUCCUUCCGGGCGCGUUUGUUUCGAUCGAGUGCGAGAAGCCACCAGCCGGAGAAGUGCCACCAGCCGGAGAAACGCAAAAAACGAGCGAGAAGAGAAAAACCAACUACCAAGUUUAUUACCUGUUGUUUAUUAUUACUGAAAAAUCGCGAACCCAGCGGCCAAAAAAUGUUCAACACCAACCUCAGCCUGACCGUUCCGCCCCUGCUGGGCAUCGACGGCGGGGUGUGUACCACACCCAGGACACCGGAAAUCCUCAACUCGCUGAUGGCCAUGACAAACCCCCUCGAGUACUCGUACCCGGUGGUUGCCAGCAACCCCAACGGCAGCAAUAAUACCUCCCCAGUCAGCGCCGCAGCCGUCGCCGCCAUCAACAAUAAUACUGUGUCACUGGCAUCACACGAUAGUCAUUCCAACAGUUCCGAUUCACCGCUGGACUCGCCCGCCGGUCAUGGCAGGACUCCGAGCGUACAACAGACCCGCUCGCAACUGAUCAAGGCCGGUGUGAAGCUGCUGAUACAGAGCAAACGCAAGCACAGUGGAUGCGAUUCCAGCGAUGGAAACGAAUCGUCCAGUGGUGGUGGCGGAGGCCAUGAAAGAGGAGGAGGAGGAGCUAAACGGAAUGGUGGUGGUCCGCAGCCGAAAAUGCGCCGCGAUACGGACCUGCAGACGAGCGAAGACGAUGUUGAUAAUCAUCGGACCACCAGUGGGUGCUCCUCGGCAGGCGGUACCGGCCGAACGGGCAGUCCUCGCACCGGGCUAACUCCGGAGGAUGAGGAUCGUCGACGACGGCGUCGGGAACGAAACAAGAUCGCUGCCACCAAGUGCCGGAUGAAGAAGCGCGAACGUACGGUAAAUUUGGUAAAUGAAUCCGAAACGUUGGAUGCCCAGAACAAGGAACUGAAAUCGCAGGUUAGCGAGCUGGAAAAUCAACGACGAAAACUGAUGGAGGUCCUGCAGGCACACAGUUCGACGUGUGUCCACCAGAAAGGCUACCAACCGCUUCCCAGCUUGUCUACCAUCACCAACAACUGCAAGUUUCUGAACGAUCUAAGCUUUAUGGACAACUCAAACGAGAUCAAAUAUUCCGAAUGUCUCAAGUCUGGCAGUGAAAUGAGCGAUUUUUCCAAGCAAGAUAACACGUUACCCCCCGGCUACUGUAAGCUUUCGCCAACGGAGGUCAACUACGCAACACCUACCGACGUAAUAGACGUAAACAACUUCGGGAACCAAUCGUUGAAAUCCGAAUACAUUCCAAACGGUCAAGAUACACGGCCCCGGUCGAAACCAGGCCCCAAACCACGGCAAAGGUCAUCAGCUGCCGUCAAACGAACCGUUACCGUUACCAGUACAACAACCGUCACGGAAUCGUUACCACCCGUUGUGGUACCCGCGGUUUCCCUACCCAGUGCGGAGUUCAUCCUCAAAAAUGAACUCAUCGAUACCAGCAGUCCCUACACCACGGUACAAUCGGCCGAUCGCUUCCUGUUCGAAAACUCUAUGGAUCUGUACAACAACAAUAACAUCGACAGCAGUGCGCUGGACGGCCACCACACCAGUGACAGUGACAAGCUAGCUUCGCUAGCCGUCAAAGACAACACAUCGAACGCUUUGCUGGAGUUCAGCGCCAACUUCGAUACCGCCAUCAUCAAACCAUCGGAGUACGCCAUGCUGACCACCCACCAAACGCAGCAACCACAACACCAGCAAACACACCCACAGCAGCAGCAGCAACAACAACAACAGUGUCACCUACAGCAAAAUCUCGGCCUGCUUCUUCCUCACCAGCAGCAGCAGCAGCAGCAGCAGCAACAGCAGCAAACUCUACACAAUCCGCACCAAUUCCUGUCCCACUCGUCGCUGGCCGGUAUCGUGAGCAACGAUUUCCUGAUCCUGCCCGAGCACGACGGCAGCGAGUUCACCGAUCUGGACAGUGGCAUCACGUCCUACAGCAACAUCAACGGAAGCUGCCUGGCGUGACCUCCCUGCUGCUGUUCGUCGUCCACUUCGCCAUCGACGCCGCCGCCGCCGCUGCUGCCGCCAUUGCUGAUGCUGUUGUAGUUGCUUUUUUCCGUUUUUCGUUUCGUUUUUUUUUCCGAGUCCCAAAUGUGCGUCGCCAUUUUGGAAUGGUUCCAUAUUUCGUGUUUUUUUUUGUUUAAAUCUCAUUUUUUGGGUUUUCUCAUGUACACACACAAAAACGCGCACGCACACAGUCACCUAUUUCUAAUCGCAUGCAGUUACCACCAGAGAUAGUCGUUUGUUUGUUUCUUUUAGGAUUCGUUGUUCGUGUGCUGUUUCUGCGCCCCCGGGCAGUAUGUGCUCCACUCAGUCCCUGCUGCCUGGCGCACAGUGGGACGAAACGAAGGAAAACAGGUGAAAAUCACAGUUCGUGUGGAGAAACAUUCUCAUUAGUGGCAUCGCAGAAAUCUAAUAGUUUUUAAAGUUUUUUUUGUUAUACCAAAAGGAUGACGUUAAGAGGGGAGAUUAUUUAAAAUCUAAAAUCAACAGUGCCUAAGAAGGAAUGAUCCAUAAAACUUUUCUAAGAGUUUUUGACGAAGAAAAAAUAUUUAUCAAAGUUAUUAAGCUACAAAGUAAUACGGGGUAUUGAUCAAAUGU